AUGAGCAGAAUCCGACCCCUCCAAGGUGCCUGCAACUGCGGCCGCAAUCAUUACUAUAUCACUGUCCCGCCCGAUGCCACGGAACAGGCUCUAGUCUACUUUGACAAUAGUAGCCAAAGCAGACGAAGUCAAGCAACCCCGCUAACCGCCUGGCUCCGCGUUCCGUUGGCCUGGUACUCCUCAACCACACAAUCCUUCUUUCCAGACGAAACCCAUGCCUCCAUCCGCAGAAUCUUCACGCCGCUGCACACGCCGCAUUCCCAGCGGGUGUUCUGCGGCUAUUGUGGUACGCAUCUGUCCUUUUGGACCGAGCAACCGGCCGAAGAGGCGGAGUACAUGAACAUCACAUUGGGCAGUCUGUUGAGUGAGGACUUGCGCGCAUUACAGGACUUGGACUUGCUGCCGGAGGAUGUAGACACAGAAGAAUCAACGGAUGAUGCGCAGCAAUUUAUGAUGUCUGGAGCACUACAGCAGAGUGAUGAUGAUGCGGCGCAAGGAGCCACCACACAGCAAAAAAACCAACCUCUGACCCGGACGCAGCGAAGUGGUCGAACAGGAGGCUUGACUUGGUUCGAGGAGAUGCUGGAUGGAAGCCGACUGGGCCGGACCCAAAAUACUAGACGCGGAGUCGGUGUCAGUAACGACGGGUGGACCCAAGUCGAAUGGGAAGUGUCGGAGUACUUUGACGAUGGCAGCGAAGAGUUGCCUACAGGAUCGAAGCGGAAAAUUGGAGAUGUGGGCAAAGACGAGGAUGCCGCCAUGCAGCAUUGA